AACCCUAUUCUCUCCUCUCUCUCUCUCUCUCUCUAAAACAUAUUUAAUGGAGGAGCUUGAUUUUCACACAAAGACAUCUACUUCUCGUCUAAAGCUAUUUGGAUUCAGCGUCGAAGGAGAAGAAGAUUUCUCCGAUCAAUCUAUCAAAACCAACCAAUCAUCCAUAUCGCCGGAGUCUGACGACUUUCCGGCGGGAUCAUCCGGAAGAAGUGACGGUGGUGGUGUAAGAAGCAGCAGAGGCGGUGGCGGAGGUGGAGAACGUAAGUACGAGUGUCAGUACUGUUGCAGGGAGUUUGGUAACUCGCAGGCUUUAGGCGGUCAUCAAAACGCUCACAAGAAAGAGCGUCAGCAACUCAAACGCGCUCAGCUUCAAGCUUCACGAAACGCAGCAGCCGCUAAUAAUAGCUUUUCAACCGUUGGAUCAGCGUCUCCGUUUUUACGGAAUCCGAUUGUCUCCGCCUUUGCUCCUCCGUCUCAUCUCCUGUCAUCCGCCGUCUCUCCGCCGUCGGGUGGUGGUGGUCCUUGGAUGUAUCUUCCACGUGUCUCUUCUUCUCAGCUCCACGUGUCACAUGCGUGCGUGAUUCAGGAUGGUCCGGGUGGGUUCUCGUAUGAUUCUCCUGGAUUCGGGAUUAAUGGGCCUCAGAUGAGACAUGUUCAAGCUCAUGGGCCGAAACCAUCUGUUAAUGGGUUUUCAAGAGAAGUGGGACCCAGUUUCGAUGAUGGCUUAGGGUUGGAUUUGCAUCUGAGUCUUGCGCCAGCUGGUCGUUGACGUUGUUGUUUUUUAUGUAUGGCCCUUGCAAAGUAUAGCAGGAGGUUUUAGCUCUUGUAUAUUGUUAUCUUUCUACAUUUUGAUUAAUUUUAUUUAUUUUUAGUGAUGAUUUUGAAUUCCAGUAAUUGUUUUGUAUAGUAAAAUAUCUA